UGUCGAUGGCGAUAACUGUGAUAAGACUGAUAUACCGUGUAUGCCUAUGCGGUAAUGUACUGUGUCAAUUUUUAAAUUUGAAAGAUUGUUAAAAAUGCUCAUGAAAAGAUGGCUUGACAUCACAGAUUGUGAAUUGUCUGACUCGGCAAAAUACAAAAGGCAAUGGAUUAAAGUGGGCAAAAAUUAUUUAUUCGGUUUAUGGGGAUUGAUUGUGCACUUGAUUCUAGUAUGGGGUGUACUCGACGUUAACUUUCAUUCACCCAUCAUCAAAGAAUUGCCAAUUGUAGCAGCACCGAAUGGAGCACCAGCUAAAAGAGUGUUGCUCUUCGUAGCGGACGGUUUGAGGUUUCAGACGUUCAUAGAUAAGCCACCAUCUUAUCUCAGGGACGUAAUAGAGAAUAAGGGAGCUUGGGGAAUAUCUCACACAAGAGUACCUACAGAAUCGAGACCAGGACAUGUUGCAAUCGCUGCAGGAUUGUACGAGGAUCCCAGUGCCAUUUUCAAAGGCUGGCAGGAAAAUCCAGUGGACUUUGAUUCUGUCUUUAACCAAAGUCAUGCUACGUGGGCUUGGGGCAGUCCAGAUAUAAUUCCAAUGUUUACAAAAGGUAGCAAACAGAAUGUUUACGGGAAAAGUUAUCCUUCCGCAUGGCAGGAUUUUGAUGCAAACUUGAAUAAUCGAACAAUGCGUCUGGACUCGUGGGUGUUCAAUGCCUAUUUAGAAUGGCUACAGUCUUUGGCAUCUGAGACAGUGAGAAAUCAGGAUGGAGUCAUCCUGUUCUUCCAUCUACUCGGAUGUGAUACUGUGGGACAUGCCAAGAAACCAUAUUCCAGGGAGUACAUUGAAACGAUGAAUCAUGUUGACGUACGAAUCGAGCAGACUGUGAACGUGACAGAAACCUUUUUUGGCAAAGGUACCACCGCUUAUGUAUUUACAGCGGAUCAUGGAAUGACUGAUUGGGGAUCUCAUGGAAGUGGUUUGCCAUCCGAGACUGAAACACCAUUGAUUGCUUGGGGAGCAGGUGUAAAGUCAUUUGGCUUUCGUCAAGACGUCGAACAAGCGAGUAUAGCUCCACUGAUAGCGUCUCUAAUAGGAAUUCCUGUUCCUACAAACAAUGAAGGUGCAUUACCAUGGCAGUAUUUCAACGCGGAUUAUCAGGGAUAUAUUGCACAUGCUUUACUUAGCAACGUGAAACAACUUGCCUAUCAAGUAAUCGGAAACCGUGCAUUAAGUUGUGGAAAUAGCGGUCCUACCGAUUGGCGAGAGAUGCAGUUAAAUGAGAAAAUUCAUGAAAUCGAGCAACAUCUGAAGAGAGGAAAUAUGGGGGAAGCAAUUGAAGAAGGCGAUAAAGCGAUUGUUUUUAGCAAAGAAACUUUGUCGUUUUUCAGACAAUAUCAACGAACGCGAUUUUUAAUAUGCCUGUCAAUAAUGUGGCUUGGCUGGAUAAUUAUAUUAUUCUUAAAAAUAGCUGGAGUAAAACGUCGAUACUUGCGAAUUUCUCUAUUGUUAUUAACAAACAUCGGAUUUGCAAGUUUAUUGAUAAUAACAUUAAUUAAUUAUAUAGUAUCUGAUUGCAGGAAUUGGAGAUUACCGUGCUACGCAUCGUUCGCAAUAAUCUCCGUAUGGUUUGCCAUCGUUGCCAUAAUCACGUCGACGCCUGUAGUUGAAGCGAGCAGGUGGAGAAGCAGGUGGAAAUUUUUCAUGGAAAUUGGAGGGACGCUAUUUUUGUUGGUGAUGCUAUUUAUUGGAUUGUCAUAUAGAUUUGCUCUCAGCAUAGGAAUGUUGUCUACCAUAUUGAUACAGGGAGCACAGUUGAAGAGUAUACAAGCUCCUAUGCUUUGGACAUCUCUAGCGCUGUCUGUGUUUCCAUUAUUCCCAGUCGUGGAGCCACAUCCACGCGUUUAUGUUGUGAUGUCUGGCAUAUGUGUAACGAUGUUGAUAGUGAUCAUCAAUGAAAAGUCGCGGACUCGAAAAAUAAUAGAAAUUCUACGUUUGAUCGUCACAAGUCUCGUGUAUACGGAACUUAUCGAUGGUCGUUUCUGGAUAUCGUGGAUCAUUCUGCUGACUACACCAUUGUGCAUUUGGUAUCAUCCAACGGAAGUUAAAAGCAGAAUGCUGGGCAUAAUGCUGGGACUGUUCUGCCCGCUUACGUUGUUGUCCGCAUCCUACGAACCGCUUUUCUUCCUAACACUUACGAUCAAUUUACUCUGGUGGUUGCAAGCUGUUCCAACCAUCUUGGAGACCACCUCGGAAGAUGCGCUGACCACGAAGGACUUGACUAAAGCGGCGCUCCUUAUGUUGUACACACUAUUAUGCUUUUUCGGCACGGGCAAUAUGGCGAGCAUUAGUUCGUUUGAUCCAUCCUGGACGCGUCACUUCGUCACCGUCUUCUCCCCGUUUCUGAUGACGUCUUUAAUACUUGUUAAAUUGAGUAUUCCUUUGAUAAUAGUUGGAUGCGCAAGCUACGCUCUAGGAUCCAAGUCCAUUUCUUUAGCCGUUCUCUUUUUAGGCGAUUGCUUAUCGCUACCUUUAAUGUAUUGCGUCACGCCAUACGGUAGCUGGCUCGAUAUUGGUAGCGCUAUCAGUAAAUUUAUUAUUGCUAUUACUCUUCCUUGUCUCUUAUUAUUGCUACAAUGUCUUUCGCGUCCGCUCAUGAAAUUGCAUUUAGAACGAUUACCAACUGGUCUGUUACGUCACAAAACACAUUUUGUAUGAUAUGACAUGAUACAAAAAAUAAAGUUUAAUAUGAAAUUUUGA